GAGAAGAGCAGAGAAGCGCCCAUCAUCAGCCAGCUGAAACCAUCGAUCGAUCGCUCGCCGGAGCCGGACACAGCAUCGAUUCUCCUCGCACGCGCACGUCGGAGGUGGUCGAUCGAUCGAUAGAUACGUGAUGGAGAACGACAGGAACAACCAGGCGCCGCCACCACCCCCAGGCUACUACCCAUCGGCGGCUGCGGAGCAAAGGCAAGCCGGCGGCGGGAAGAAGGGCCGCCGGGGAAGCACCAAAUCCAGGGGCGACAAGGGAUUCAUCGAGGGAUGCCUGGCGGCGCUGUGCUGCUGCUGGGUCUGCGAGAUGUGCUGCGACUGACCGGCGAAAUCGCUGCGGCCCAAGACAUUGGUGCCAGUGCCUAUGAAGAACAUACACAUACAGAGAGAGAGAGAGAGAGAGUCGUUGCUUAAUUACAGUGUUUGUUUGUUUGUUGUUUUAGGUUCUGCGUAAAUAACCGAGAACCCGUGCGUGUGCGAUGUCCAUGUACCUACCGUGCGUCACACCUAUAAUCAAUUUUAAGGCCCCAAAUUAUCAGGCUACUGUUGAGUUGUGUGCAUCCUAAAUAUGCAAAUCGUGUGGGGUUAUCGUCCUCUAAAAAGGGUCUAUCUCUUUUUUUUUGGCGACGAUAAAGAGUUUUAUUCUAUAGAUGCAGAGUUACCGUCGGCUAGCAAAAGCUCAGCGAUACAAGAUGGACAAUCCUGUAGCCAACAAGCCGUGGUACACUCUAUUCUACCAUAAUUCGCCAUGCGAUCGGCUACUCUGUUUUGACCUCUAGAAACUUUUAUAGGAACAAACUCUCUACCAACAAGUAGAUGCUUAA